AUUCCAAUAAAAAAAAGAAAAAUUUAAGGAUUUAAGGAAGGGAGCCAAAUAAGCCAGGCAAAUCAAGCACAAACUCAUUCUCCCUCUCGGCUGGCAUUUUGCUUCCGCAGCUGCGACCUUCCUCUCUUACUCCGGUUCCUUCUCUCCCUCUCUCUCUUGUUUCCUGCGAUGACUUCGCCAACGGAUCUCCUCUCCCCAAGCACAGCAAUGUAACACUGGCUCGCUCUAAUGCUCAAAAUGUCAUCUUUCCCAGCCCUCACAUUCCCAUCCCCACUUCUCAUCUUCUCCAAAACUUCCUCUCUUACUCUGGUUCUUUCUCUCUCCCUCUCUCUCCUGUUUCCUGCGAUGACUUCGCCAACGGAUCUCCUCUCCCCAAGCACAGCAAUGUAACACUGGCUCGCUCUAAUGCUCAAAAUGCCAUCUUUCCCAGCCCUCACAUUCCCAUUCCUCCUCUUCCCACUUCUCAUCUUCUCCAAACCUUCUCCGCCGCCACCUCUUCUACCAUCAAACAACACUUCCUCCACAACACCAGAAAUCUCAGCUCUUAUUGCCUUCCGCGUCUCCCUCCACGACCCCCUCGGCGCCCUCUCCAACUGGAACCCCUCCUCCCCCAACGCCCCCUGCUCCUGGCACGGCGUCCUAUGCUCCCCUUCCUCCCCUCACGUCACCGAGCUCCGCCUUCCCCGCCUACGUCUUUCCGGUCCCAUUUCUCCCAGCCUAUCCUCUCUCCCCCACCUAACCCACCUCAGCCUCCGCUACAACCUGCUCACCGGCCCCAUCCCCUCUUCCUUCUCCCGUCUCCCUCACCUCCGCUCCCUCUUCCUCCAACACAACUCCCUCUCUGGCCCUUUUCCAUCCAACCUCUCCGCUCUCCAAGUCUUCUCGGCCUCCGGCAACUUCCUCUCUGGACCUCUCCCUGCUUCGCUCCCCGCUAACCUCCGAUUCCUCGACCUCUCCUCUAACUCCUUUUCCGGCCCCGUCCCUUCAAACCUCACUUCCUCUGCCCCUCGAAUUCGAUUUCUCGACCUCUCCUUCAACCGCCUCGGCGGCACCGUUCCGGCUGGGUUGAGCCAGCUCCAGUUCCUCCUUUACCUUCGUCUCGACGGCAAUCUUCUCGAGGGGACGAUUCCCGCCGUGCUUGCUAAUUGUUCUUCCAUUCUUUAUCUCAGCUUGCAAAGCAACAACCUUCGUGGCAUUCUUCCUGAGGCGGUGGCAGGGACACCGACUCUCCAGAUUCUUUCCCUUUCACGCAACCGCCUCUCCGGCUCCAUUCCUUUCUCCGUUGCCUUCAAUUCAUCCGCGGCCUCUUCGUCUCAUCUACGAAUACUGCAGUUGGGGCACAAUGCAUUCACUGACUUUCAGCUGGCGCAACAGGACAGUGCGCAGGCUGCAGCGUCUUCCAGUGUUCUUCAAGUACUGGACAUCAAGGAGAACGAUAUUCAUGGCCGAAUCCCUCCUCGGAUUUUCAAUGUGUCGACAUUGGCAAUCUUGGAUCUUUCCGGCAACUCGUUCUUCGGUCUUCUCCCACCGGACGUUGGAAAGCUAUCGGCUUUGCGUGAGAUGCGGAUCGGAAGCAACUUAUUAACCGGCCGUGUUCCUGCGGAGAUUGGACAAUGCGCAUCAAUCAGAGUGCUUGAUUUGGAGUAUAAUCAAUUUUCCGGCGAGUUUCCGUCAGUUUUGGGGACGCUUUAUGGUCUGACAAAUCUCUACCUCGGUGGAAACCAAAUCUCUGGUCUGAUUCCCGCGAGUCUUGGCAAACUUUUCAAACUGGAAUCGCUUUCUUUAUUUAGCAACCGUUUGAGUGGGGAGUUUCCGGAUGAUCUCACAAAGCUAGGGAACUUAAUCUUUCUCGAUUUGUCCGGCAAUGUACUUUCCGGCGAGAUUCCUGAAACGAUCGGGAGACUGCACAAACUACAAAACUUGAAUUUAAGCCACAACAGAUUCUCCGGCGGUGUUCCGGCUGCGAUAGGAAGCAUGUCCGAUUUGAGGACAUUGGACCUCAGCGACCAGAAAAACCUCUCCGGCAAACUACCUGCCGAGCUCUUUGGCUUACCGAGCCUUCAGAUGAUUUCUUUAGCCGAAAAUUCCUUCAAUGGUAAUGUCCCUGAAGGAUUCAGUAGCCUCUGGAGCUUAGAGCAGCUGAACCUCUCAUCAAAUUUUUUCUCUGGUUCCAUACCAGCAACCUACGGCUUUCUCCCCUCACUGCAAAUUCUCUCACUUUCCAAAAACCAUAUUUCCAGCAUAAUUCCGGCCGAGCUCAGCAACUGUUCCAAUCUAACCACUCUCGAGCUCCGCUCCAACUCCCUGACCGGCGCCAUUCUCCCUGAUCUCGCCAAACUGCCCAAUUUGGCGGUACUCGACCUUGGCCAAAACGAUCUUUCCGGUGAAAUCCCACCAGAAAUCUUACGGUGCCAGUCAUUAAUAACUCUCAGACUCGACGGAAAUCAUCUCUCCGGCGAAAUACCAAGUUCAUUAUCCAACCUCCCCCAGCUCCAUGUACUCGACCUUUCAACAAAUAAUUUAACAGGCAUGAUCCCUUCCAGUCUCAUUCUCAUGCCUGCUUUGCAGCAUCUCAACCUAUCAAACAACAAUCUCCAGGGUGAAAUCCUCCCAGCACUCGGCUCUCGCUUCCAAAACCCUUCCACAUUCGAAGGCAACUCCGACCUCUGCGGGAAGCCAUUACAAACACAAUGCCCCCAAGAACGGAGAAAGAGACGGCGCAAGAAGAUAGAGCGCUUGACUCUACUAAUUGGCCUCGCAGCCGCCACAGCCGUCGCCCUCGCUCUCCUCUGCUUUUUCGCCGUCUUCGCUCUGCUCCGAUUCCGAAAACGCUUUCUCGAUGGCCGAAACGGCGUCAAAAAGCGGAGCUCUAGCCAUGGAAGCGGGUCAAGCAGCAACGGCGAGAACGGCAUUGGUCCCAAACUGAUAAUGUUCAACAACAGAAUCACCUACGCCGAAACGCUGGAAGCCACAAGAAAUUUCGACGAAGAGACUGUUUUAAGCCGCGGCAGACACGGGCUGGCAUUCAAAGCCAGCUUCAACGAUGGAGCCGUGCUGUCCAUCCUCCGCCUACCUUGUUCGCCUAAUGAUGCAUGCGCGGAAGCCGUUUUUCGCAAGGAAGUAGAGUCCCUCGCCAAGGUAAAGCACCGCAACCUCACUGUUCUCCGAGGAUAUUACUUCUCCCCGCCGCCGGAUGCCCGGCUAUUGGUCUACGACUACAUGCCAAACGGCAGCCUAGCGACGCUUCUCCAUGAAGCGUCCCACGAGGACGGGCACGUUCUAAACUGGCCGAUGCGCCAUCUCAUUGCCCUCGGUAUAGCCCGUGGCCUCGCCCACCUCCACACCUCCGGCAUUGUUCACGGCGACCUUAAGCCUCAGAACGUUCUCUUCGAUGCCGACUUUGAGCCGCACGUAUCGGACUUCGGGCUUGAGCUUCUGACGGCUACACCUGCCACAGGGGCAUCAACGUCAGUAGGUUACUCAGCGCCGGCUGAGUGCGGUACGAGAGAGGGUGAUGUGUAUAGCUUCGGGAUCGUGGUGUUGGAGUUGCUGACGGGAAAGGGGCCGGGAAUGUUCGCCGGAGAAGAGGAGGAUAUUGUGAAGUGGGUGAAGCGGCAGCUGCAGAAUGGGGCGGUGGGGGAGUUACUUGUGCCGGGGUUGCUGGAGCUUGACCCGGAGUCGUCGGAUUGGGAGGAAUUUCUUCUGGGGGUUAAGAUCGGACUUCUCUGCACGACGCCGGCCGCCGGCGACCGGCCCGCCAUGGCUGACGUCGUGUUCAUGUUAGAGGGCUGCAGGGUGGGGCCGGAGAUACCGUCUUCAGCCGGGCCCAACACAUCGCCUCCCUCCCCGUCCCCAGCAUGAGAUUCGAGAUGACAUAUCCUCGUGAUUCGGAUCAUUCCGCAUUGAAUGUUGUAUGCUGUUGGAUAAAUUUAAUAUUUUUACAAUUUUUUUGCAUUAUAUGGGCAUCCACGUCGCGGUCUGUGAGAAGGUGGGUCCUGGUGGAGCUGGGAAUUCUGCUGGGAGUUUUGUAGCAUUCUUUCUACCACCGGACAUGGAGGGGGGAAGAGAGAAGCGGGAAUGCAGAAAAAAGUAGCCGUUGGGAUUUUUAGCCGACGUCAGGUUACAAGCGCGACUCUUGAUGUAAGGUAUGAUGCAGGGGAAGCGGUGAUUGCUGUUGGGACAGCUGAUAAUUUUUUUUCUUUUAAAAGAUUUAAAUUUAUUUUCUAUUUUCGUUUCAUGUGGCGGGGGAAUA